AUGACAAAUACAAACCUUGAUUGCACAUUUGGAUUAUGCCAGGCAUGCUGCCAAGACACACGAGCACAAUUUUCAAGCCUGCGCAGUUGUGCGGUGUCGAAGCAUAACUGCUCAAAUAACUCUUCUACACGAUCUGGAGCACCUACAGCUACAUAUCUGCUGCUGCUUCAGAGUGGUCUCAUGGCGGAGGCCUCAGAGCCUCAACCACUACUUGCCGCUCCAGCAUCCAUCCAGAUACCUACGGUGAAAUCCUACAAGCUCUCUAUAUCGCCUAUAUACCAGCAGAAGCUCUGGGAGCUUGAAAGAGAUGAUUUAGAAAGGUUUCGCCAAGCAGAGAUGAAGACUCACCUUGCACGUGAGGGGGACAGAACGGUCAUGGUCUAUUGGUGGCAACAGAAUGAUGAGCCAGCGGACCUGUUCUUUGUCGUGGCUCCAGACUACCCAUACUUUCAUCCCAAGCAGGCAAAAGACCUGUAUAAGUGCUUUGCGCUUGGAACAGCUGACUUUCAAUAUUAUGAUUGGAAGAUCAAGAAAUGGGUCUACAGUUUGCCGGACUCACCGUGCAUCAAUAUCAAGACUGCAACUGAAUUGCAUUAUCGCUGCGAUGGAGUGACUACUGGCCCGGGCAUGCCUGUGAUUAGCCUCAAGCGUACCACCUCGGAGGCUGUUGCCAGUUUGCCAGCCACUCCUCGCAAACCUCCUCGGACAUCUCAAACUGUUAUCGACAUUGAUGCAUGGCUAAGCACGCCAAGCCAUUCUGCACCUAUCAUGUCACCAAGCCAGGCUAGUGUGACAUCUCCUCCAAGGACUCCAAUGAGAAACUUCGAGUCGCAGGUGUCCUCACCUUCUUUUAGCCAAAUCGGCUCACCAUCAAAGACUCCUACGCUGAAAGGUCAUCAUGGUUGGCCAUUGAAGUAUGCGAUUGACAUGGCAGAUGGCUUCGCCAUCAUAAAGACAUUAGAGGGGGAUGGACAGAGCCGUGACAAUGCAUUCUCAUUUGUCUUCACCAGUGCUAACUAUUGCAGCUCUACCUUCAAUGACAACGAGCGAGCUUGGCGAGUGGCAGAGGAAGUUGGUGGUGAAACAGAACUUCAACAGUGGAUCACAUAUGGACGGACUCCCCAGAGCGAGUGGCAAGCUUUCAUGAAGCAGUGGUGGCAAGGUCCCGGCGAGGUGAAUAUAUUAGGCCAACGUACAGUCGAGGGCCUUGAAGCCGAUAGCAAAAGGGAGGAGCCUAUGAAAAAGACAGGAGACUGGAUGGCGUACCUGAAACGCAGUACAUCGGCUUCUGCCGAUUCACCGGCACUGACGGUCGUUCAUCUUCACGACAAUUGUGCCAGGAUGGCUGUUCCACUCAAGGCAAAAGAUCUAAUUGGCUUGACUGGGUCUGAAUCCAAAAUGAUCUUGUGCAUAUGGUGGGACCUGCACAAACUAACAGCUCCCCGCUUCAAUUUUCAAGGCACUGGCGAGGAGGCUGUUUGGCAGCGUAUCGAGGUUGACAGCGUGAUGAUUAACUGGUCUGCAGUUCAAAAGUCAGCUCUGAACGUUGCGAAAACAGCUGCAUCACUUUCAAACAAGAAGUUGAACCGCAAGCAGACAGACGAAGAGAGGGAUUGGGGGAUAGAGAUAUUCGCACCACUAUUGAAGAGGGUCGCAUCGCAGUUCCUGAAGAAUAUCAAAGACGAGAAUAAGCACGGAGGUGAGGAGAAGAACGAGGAUGACUAUGAUGAUGACGAUGAUGAUGACAAGAAUGAGGAAGAAGGGGACAAGGAGGAUGACAAUGAGAAAGGCAGUGAUGACGAGAAUGAGGAAGAAGAUAUAUUCGAUGCACCACCUUUAACUCAGCUUCGUGUGCUUCAUGCAUCCAAGUGUGGUCCCUCUGUUGCACUGCGCCCAGUGCCUUACGUUGCCAUUGGGGACAUGGAUGAGGACGUAGAUGCAGCUGACGGAAUCGCUGAUAUUGUGGUGAAGUAUCAAGAUUGCCGAGUUGCAGACAAGUCACGAGGGAUAUCCUGGCUGGAAAGCAUCGCCGUCACAAAUGCAAAUGGUGAAUUUGAGCUCUCUGACAGUGAGCUGGAGAUACCUCUGGUCAUUCUUCAUGAAUCAAUCAGAGAAGCACAAUUAUGUUGUGAGGACCUAGCGGUGGAAUGGUUCACAGAGCUUGUUGCACCUGAUGGAAAGACUAGCACGAAGUGCAAGCUUAUCCAGAACGAUGUUCCUGCCAACCUCCAUGCAGGCUCAGCAAAAGGCAAAAAACGCAUGAAUAAGGAUCCUACUCACCCAAAAUCAGACAAGGUGACGAGGGCUGAGAUGCUUCACUUCCUCGCUGAGGUUGAUGGUGGCCACUUUGAAAAUCACCCCGCUGUUCUCUCAAUCUGUCAUGCCCCAAAUCGCAAGGCCUCCAUUGUUUUGAACGUCCUACUCAGUCAGCUCGACAUCAUCUGGGAGAUCAGUAAGAUGAAAUACCCAACCGACAAUGGCACUCAACUGAAUGGGUCGGUCAAUGCUUGCAGGUGGCAGCUCUGA